AUGACUUACGGAGAGUGGACAGAGAACAUCAGCCUCUUCAAGCGUUACUUGAUCCAACAUAAGCAGAAAGAAGUAGCAGAAAGACUCAACUUCCACAUCAAAAACGUAAAGCAAGUCAAAGAAAAGACAAUGACUGACAGGAAGACGGAUAACAGGAGAGCGACAGAGUGUUGGAUGACAGCACUGCGUUACGACAUACUGUGCAGACAACACAUCUUUAUAGAAAGAUUAAACAAAGAGCCGAUAAAAGAUAUCGGUACAUUCAUGAAGAAAUACGAAGACAAAGCCAAAGACAAGUCAUUGAACUUUGGAGAGGCGAACGGAGGUGAAACGAACCCUUACGCGAAGGGAGGUAAACUAGAAUGGAGACACCCCGAGACUGAUUUAGCAUUGAAAAGAAGAGGUCCACGCCCAAACAGAAAUUUCUCAUACGGAGCAAGACCAGGAUUCAACCAGUACAACAGGGGACCAAACUUUAGCCACAACGUCCCGUUUCAUCAGAAUCAACUACCGACAAUCCACAUGGGCUUCCCUAGUCAAGGACAAUCAAACUCAAACCAAGCACCGGUGAACGUCGGCCUGACCUCGAUCCCAAACGUCGCUACAAACAACAAUACACAGCCAAACAAUUACAACAAUUACCAAGGAAGAGGAGCAAGAGGUACCUGGAGAGGUACGAGAGGAGGAGUAGGCAGAGGUGUGGGAAGACAGGUACAGAAUGAGACGUGA